AUGGAGCAGGGCGACAAGAAGAUAGUGGGGCUUGAGGUGGGGUGGAGCUUUGUGGCCACCGGCUUGUCCAAGAUUAGGCGCGCCAUCGAUGGCGGCGGCGAGGGCUUAUCCUCCGAGGAGUCUUCACGCUGUGAAAUCAGAAUUGAUAACAAAGGACGCAGAGCCUGA